CUCUGAGGCGCGAAGGUGCGUCUCCACCGAGACCAAGGACACCCAGCAUGUCAAGUUCAACCCUGAGGGCUUGCGGAGCUGGCGGCUUCGGGAAAGCUGUGUUCGGGUCCUGCCCGGCCCGAAGCGCUCUCUGCUCGCUCGGGCGUCUCCGCUCGCCCUCCUUUCCUUCCCGCCGAUCCAGCCAGCCAGGCUUUCUCCCCCUCUGUUCUCGCCUCCUCUCCCCCUCGAAUCCAGUCCUGGUUUCCCCGCUGCCAGCUCCUUCCCCUGCCUGCUGGGCUCGCUCCCCGCCCCCUCCUCUCGGGUCCCGGCGGGCCGCUCGGCUCCCCGGCUCCCCCGAAACCCAGCCGCCCGCGGCUCCGCUCGCCCAGGGCGGCCGCUCCGGUCCGGAUCCCGCCGCCGCCCGAGCCGGGCGCGAGUCCCAGCAGUUGGCGAGGAGGCGGCAGCGUCUGGCCCGGGUCCCCGCAACCUCCACCCCCCAACCCCCCUCCACCCGAGGUCGGCGGGGGGAGAGAGAGAGAGCGAGCGAGCGAGCGAGCGGCCGGGCGGCCCGGGAGCCCCUCCGAGGACAAUGCACCCGGCGCCGGGCCCCCACCGCGCGCUCCCGUCCGCGCCCGCCCCCUUCCCGCCACCCCCCGCCGCCGGCCGGCUGCAGCCCCUCUUCCUCCGGGGGGGGCCCCCCCGCGGCCGGAGGGGCUCGGGCGACAGCAGCAGCAGCAGCAGCAGCCCCGGGCGCGGGGGGGGGCGGCGGCGGGCGCGGCGGACGCGGCGGGGGCGGCGGCGGGUCCCCGAGCAGCAGCACGGGCGCCGAGCGGGAGGACGACGACGAGAGCGUCAGCAUCAGCAAGCCGCUGGUGGCCGCCGCCGCCGCCGCGCUCCCGGCUGCCCCGGGCCAGGGGGGCGCCCCUGCCGCGCCCGCCGCCGCCUCCACCUCCACGCCCACCUCCUCCUCCUCCUCCUCCUCCUCCUGCGGCAUGACCGCCGCGGACUUCGGCGCGGGCUCGGCGGCCGUCGGGGGCCCCGGGAGCCGCUCGGCGGCGGCGGCGGCGGCGGGAAGCGCGGGGACCGGCGGCGGCGCCUCCUCCUGCUGCUGCUGCUGCGGCGGCGGCGGCGGCGGCGGGCGCCCGGCUCGCUCGGGCCGCAGGGGCCGGCGCCGCGGCUGCUCGGCGGCUUCCGGCAGCCGCUGGGGCUACCAGGCGCUGUCUGUGGUGCUGCUGCUGGCGCAGGGCGGGCUGCUGGACCUGUACCUCAUCGCCGUCACCGACCUGUACUGGUGCUCCUGGAUCGCCACAGACCUGGUGGUGGUGGCGGGCUGGGCCAUCUUCUUCGCCAAGAACAGCCGGGGCCGUCGGGGGGGCCCGGCGGGCGGCGGCGCGCACAACCACCACCAGCUCCACCACCACUCGGCUCCUCCCCUGCACCUGUCCUCGGCGGCGGCGGCGGCGGGGGCCGGGGCUAAGGCUCGCGGGGGCCGAGGAGGUUCGGGCGGCCCGGGAGCCGGGCCGGGGGCGGCGGGCGAGUUCGCCUUCGCCUACCUGGCCUGGCUCAUCUACUCCAUCGCCUUCACCCCCAAGGUGGUGCUCAUCCUGGGCACGUCCAUCCUGGACCUCAUCGAGCUGCGCGCGCCCUUCGGCACCACGGGCUUCCGCCUCACCAUGGCGCUGUCGCUGCCCCUGCUCUACAGCCUGGUGCGUGCCAUCAGCGAGGCGGGCGCCCCCCCGGCCUCGGCGGGCCCCCUGCUCCUGCAGCCGCAGCGGCACCGGGCCGCGGGCUGCUUCCUGGGCACGUGCCUGGACCUGCUGGACAGUUUCACGCUGGUGGAGCUGAUGCUGGACGGCCGCGUGCCGCUCCCCGCGCACCUGCGCUACCUGCUCAUCGCCGUCUACUUCCUCACGCUGGCCUCCCCAGUCCUCUGGCUGUACGAGCUCAACGCCGCCGCCGUGGCCGCCGCCCCGGCCUGGGGCCAGGCCUCCGGGCCCGGCAGCUGCAGCCGCCUCUUGCGCCUGCUGGGCGGCUGCCUGGUGGACGUGCCCUUGCUGGCGCUGCGCAGCCUCCUGGUGGUGAGCUACCAGCAGCCGCUGUCCGUCUUCAUGCUCAAGAACCUCUUCUUCCUCGGCUGCCGUGGCCUGGAAGCCCUGGAGGGCUGCUGGGACCGUGGGAGUUGGGUUUCCCCGAGUCGGGCCAGAGGCAGCUACGGUGCUCCCCCGUCCGCCCCACCGCCACCUCCGCCACUGCCACCUCAGGGAGGCUCCCAACGGGGCCACUUGGAAAACGAAGGGGGCCCUCACGGCUACGUCAACACCCUAGCUGUGGCCUCUCAGAAUUGAACAGGGGAAGGGCAGGGCCCCUGAUCUUGGCUUUAGCGUUUCUGGCCCCCUUGGCUGUGUUUAGAAGAGGUAACCGUUGAUUAGGUCGAAGGUCAGUGAAUUCUUCCCACGGGUAGAGACUACUUGGAGCGAGACGAGCAAUAUAUCGUGGUGGGGGAGGGUCCAUGUUCACCAUGGUCCCUCUCUGUAGUCUUCCCUGGAUAAACGUGCCACCUGUUUUUCUUGCCUUCAUCCUGGUUAGGAGUGGUGGGCUUUGGCAGAGGAAGUGUGUGUGUGUGUGUGUGUGUGUGGUGUUUUGGGGUGUCAGCCCCAUGCCCUUGGCCGUGGGAGGAGAUCUAGGGAGGCCUUGCUGCAGAUCACAUAUUGCCGCCACAUCCCUUCCUGCCUGAAUUUCUGACCACGGAGCCCAGGAGUUGCUCAGUUGCGGUACUCCAAGGGAGAAGCUCACCCAGGGCCUUCCUCACUCCCCUUCCUCUCUGCUCAGCUUCGAGAGGAGAGGGCCUAUGCUGUAAGGACCAAACAACACCCUUUCUUGGGUGAGCGCAUAUUCCUACCUCUGUGCUUUCCAUUCUUGUCGCAUCACACACUGAUGCCGCUUGCAAAAGAAAGAAAAUGAAACACUCAGAAGUUGCAUUCAACAGGGGCCACUGGAUCCCUUUGGGGUUUGAUACCAGCUAUUACAGGGUCUGUGGAGUGUCAGCCAUUGGCUUGCUCUCCUUUGGUUCCUCCCUCCACACCAGAAUUCUUACUCUUCCUGUGUUGGUGCUGGUUGGGUUGGAACCAAGUUCGGAGCAGCUGCUUUAGUGGGUUCAAAUGUCUGGAGGUCGGGCCUCACGGGGACCCUGGGGAGGGUCACCUGCUCCUUCAGAAAGCCUGGUGUAGAGUGGAGGGCGUGCUGACCUUUCAUCUCUCCUCUGCUGCAGGUCUCAUCAGGGAGCAGGCACAUGCGGAGCCUCCUGCUAAGCCUUCCCCCACAGGGUCCUGGCGAGGCUCUCCUUAGGAUUGUCCCUCAAGGGAAAUCAGGGUUGGCUACUCUAGUCUUGACAAGGGAUGUCAUUCUUGGAGUCUCUAAGGCAGGAUAAGUAUUCUGUGAGGAGUCAAGGAUCAGAGGUUAGGGAGCAAGGCCAGGAUAUACUCAUCCCCACAGUAAGAUUGGGGGAGGGGGAGACCUUAAGAAUUUUGGUUCCCCUCCUUUCUUCUGUUUUGGGAAUUUUAUGUGGUAUAAGGAACCUCGACAAGGGACCAGAAAACAUGAUCUCUAGUUCUGUCUGUUACUUGAGAGAUUUGAAUACCAUGUCAUUUUUAGUCUCUAGGCCUCAGUUACCUUUCUAGGGUGGUGUUUGAGUUUGGGGCUUUCGAGCUCUGGUCACAAUGCUGCCUUAAAGGCAGACAGGAGAGGAGCUAUCCAGGGCCUACCUGAGGAUGGCUCCACUUCUACACUGUGCCUGGCCUUAGGCUGGGAGAGCUGAAGGGAGGUUUGCCAACCAGGUUGGGGCACAGGCAUCACAGGGUCCGCUGAUGCCAGCCCCCUCUCAAGCUCAAAGCACCGGGGCAGGCUCAAUGUGCCAAGCCACUGGCUACUCACUCAGCAGCCAGGCCCAAGUCCCUCAUCCCUUAGGAGCUUCUGAGAACCAGGGGCUGCACAGGGCCCCUCGUUCUCAACUGCCCAGGGUGAUGGGCUGAGGGUAUCUAUGUGGACGGAAGCAUGAGAGGCCGGCACACUGGUGGGCCUGCCCAGCUCUUGGAGUGUGCCGCGUGGAGGAUGCCUACAAUCGGUGCCCUCUGUGCUCCUGGUGCCUGCCUCUUGUCACAAAACACCUGCCUUUUCUCCUCGUCCUGGCUGACUCCACUUCUGACCGGUCACAAGGUCCCGGGCCUGAGGCUAGUUGCCUCAGUGUUACGUGUCUGUCCUCCAGCUCUGCUGCGUUUCUUGCUACCUAAUUCCAAUGACUGUGAAAAGGAAUUCUGUCUGAGCCAUGGCCAGCUCUGGCUGGCCCCCAACCCACCCUCUUUCUACUGUUUGGCUAGCCAUGCCUCCGCUGUGUGACUGCUGUGUGAGGCAGGGGCUGGCCGCUGGACUCAGGAUGGAAGGUUGCCAUUUCCCUGUUACAUCAAGAGACUUGGUCACACUUGUGCCAGAGGCCAGGACUGCUGGGGACCCAGUGAGAGCCCAGGACAUCUCCACCAUUCUCUUCUGUCUUCUGCUAAUCUGUAGAUAGAUGUCCCCAAGAUGUCAUGACCAGAAUAAUGCACGGUCCUGAAUCUUGUGCCAGGGAAUGGAUCAUGGAAGAGAAGCCUGGGCUCAGAAUUUAGCCCUGCCUGCUUCUAGCCUUUGAGCAUGGAAGGGGAGGGCCUAUUACCUGAGCUCCAAAUGGUACCUGUUUUUAAAAAUGAGUUAAUUGCUUUGCAGUGCUGGGCAUUAGACCCAGGGCAUGCUUGGCGAAUGCUAGUCAGCCUGCUGAGCUAUGGCCUUAACACUCAGUUGUGUUCAGUCGAAAGACUGUGCUCUCUCUGAAGACUUGCACCCCACCUUUUAAAUUUUUUUUGAGUGUGUGAGUGGGUCUCACUAUGUUCCCAGGGCUGGCCUAGAAUUUCAGGGCUUAGGUAGCCCUCUUCAGCCUCCCGAGGAAACGGGUGUGCAACCAAGACUAUUCCUGUUAAAAGUGCCCUGGGAACUGGGCCGGGUGUGUGGGGUGCAGAGGUGGGAACUCAAGCCCAGAAGUAAAAGAGACGCGGCACCUCACUAACGUUUAUCACAUUUUUUUCUCUCUCUCUUUUUAAAAAUAAAACCAGACUCUGUUCUGAAAAUAAAAGCUUGAGACUUGUGACAAGC